UAAAAAUAUGAUAGUACCAGAAGGGCCUUCAGAUACCGCAAGAAAUGAAGCUCAUACUGUUUUGAUCAAAUAUGGUUACGAUUCUUAUUAUCCUGCUUAUGUUAUUAAUUAUCAUAGAAUCUACUAAGGAAAUCAAACAAACUACGAGAUGAAUAAUAGAUAAUGGUUUUAGUCCCCAGCGGUAUUAUUGUAACCAAUGAGAUUUAUCCAAGAGAAGCGACUAAAACUUGGAAUGAUAUCCAUUGGGCUAUUAGGUUAUUUCUAAUUAAUGAAACAGAGCUUCCACCAUUAUUAUUAAUUGACAGCGUGGAACGACAUAGAGACAACUGUGUGCUCUCUAUUCAUCAAUUUUUAUCAGUUUGGCUUCAGGAGCUAUACUUCAACAAAAACAGACAGCUAACGAUGUCGUUUUACGAGGAGUGUACUCGAGGAGUUAGGAAAAUACAUAAUAUGAUGCGAAAUACUAGAACUGUUGGGGAGAAGCAGCACUUGGAGGCCGCACUCCGUCAUAUACGCAGUCUCAGGAAUCAGUUCAAGUCUCAGCAAAAAAGCUGAAAUUUCAACUCGUCCUGAAGGAGCAUGAAAGCGAGUUCAUUGGGAUGGCUACAUUUCUGCUUUUAACAGCAGAAUAAGGACUGGAGUCAUCUGUUUUAGUCCCCAGCGGUAUUAUUGUAACCAAUGAGAUUUAUCCAAGGUUUGUUUUUUUGAACGGUUGACGGUUCAACCACAGAGGGAGAACACUGGAGUUUAGGAUAAAAGAUGUAUCUAAAACGACAGAACCUGUAUCUUGGAUCAAAGAAGCAAUAGGAGAGGUUAUAAAAAGGCAACUGAAAAUUUGAUGCUGACUGAUCAAGCGAACCAGAAAUGAAAUUGAGAGGAUCUUGUGGGUUAGGAGGCCACGAUGAGUCUAUCCCAAGCAGAUCAACGAUUCAAUAAACAAUAAUCAAUUUAAUUUUCCAUGCAAGUACUCUAUUGGGGUUAAGAUUGAGCCUAUUGACCAAGCAACUUCUGUACGGAUUCGACUGCCUAUUAGACCUACGCAAUUUUUAUUACUUUAAAUUCCUUUGUCUUGAGAAGCAAAAGGAAAAUGAAACGGAUCUAUCAGGUAAUGGAAAAAGACUGAAGCUUAUAGGAGUGCAGUGUAUAGGUUGAUAAGCUCAUACCUAACUAACAGGCAUCAGUACGUGAAGUUGGGGCACAGUCAAAGUGAUAGCCAGUCAAGUAGAUUUGGAGUUCCACAGGGCUCUGUCCUGAGACCACUUUUUUAUAUACUGUAUGUUCUUAGUUUACAAUUGGCAAAUUUGAGGGGGUGAUACUACACGUUUGCAGACGAUACUGUACUUAUUUAUGAGGAAGAAGAUAAGAACGGGACAGCGGUUGGGCACUGAAGAAUAUUGUUAAUUUGGGGAUAAACAUCAAUAAAUUUUCGCCACAACUAGGAUCCUCAUACAUUGAACUCUCACCUCCAAUAAAUCGUAAAGAAGCCAGCAUUAAUGUUAAAAAUUACGAUGAUCAAGCCUGCUUUGGUUGGGCAGUAGUUUCUGCUCUAUAUCCAGCGGAAAAGAAUCCUCAAAGACUAAGCAAAUACCCAGACCCCGCAGAUGUGUUGAAGUUGCAAGAUAUAGGCUAUCAACCAAUGAAUUAUCUGAUGAAAGAAUCUGAAACGAAAUUGAGUCUUUUCUGGUGUGUUUUUCAGUAGUUUAAUUUCAGUUUCAAAAAAUGAUAUGGAAUCCCUCGUUGUUUUCACCUCAUUGAUGACUUCCACAAAUUCAAUUCAGGAAGAUUUUUCUAUUUUUAACUAGCUUUAUUGUGGAGUGUGUGGGUGUGGGUGUGGGGGGUGGAGUGUGUUUGUGUGGAGUUUUUGGAGCCGAUUAAACAAAAUCUUGCUCAUUUCGAUGCUGCGCACCAUCCUGAACAAUCAGGGUCGCUGGAAUUACAAUUUUCUACUAAUCAAAAAUGGUCAACAGAUAGCCUACACUAUAUCAGUUCGCACACUCGAGUUGAAGGAGCAGAUUGUUAGGGCUAUUAACGAGGCACAUGACAAUAUCCAUCUAAAAAGUUUAGCACACACAAACCAUACUCUAGAACUGACCAUUCCUUUUAUUUAAUUUAUAAUUUAGAAUUA